AUGCCUUGGGCCGUGUAUCUCUGCUUUGGUGGCACUCUGAGUUUGGCUACUCAGGCCGAAGGAUGGACUUAGGACCCUGAGCCUAUGAUCAGCUUAGGCUGCGAAAGAUUUGGGCUUCCCGACCAUCUGCUUCAUCCAGAGACUUCCAGCAGAUAAGGAGCUGGGAGACGCCAACACCAUCUUCACGGGGCCGGGGAGAGUGAUUUGAAGUGCGUUCUUCUCUGGCAGGCCUAGGUUUCUGCAGGCCAGAAUGGCCCAGGACCUCAGCGAGAAGGAGCUGCUGAAGAUGGAGGUGGAGCAGCUGAAGAAGGAAGUGAGGAACCCAAGAGCUCCGGUUUCUAAGACUGGAAAGGAAAUCAAGGAGUAUGUGGAGGCCCAAGCAGGAAAUGAUCCUCUCCUCAGAGGCAUCCCGGAGGACAAGAACCCCUUCAAGGAAAAAGGCGGUUGUGUCAUCAGCUGAUGGCACCUAUCAUCUGGGUGGCUGUCCCCCCACUCACCCAGAACCAAAUGUCCUGGGACACCCCCAGGGGACCAGUGACUUUUCACCUUCUUGUUGUCACAGGGCGAGGGAGGAUCCCUGUACCCUUAUGCUGUGAAUUAACUCCCCAGUACCUCUACCCAGGCUAUCUCCCAUUAUCUCCUCCAACCACAGGCUUCCUGAGGACCCUUCUGGAAUGAUGAAGAGAGCUUUCCAGGCUCAGCAGCUAACACCCUGUCUGGUGGCAUCUGGAAAGCUUGCCAGAGGGCAGCCCUCAGGAAACGUCCUCCUAGAAACCCUCCUGAGAAUAAGAGUUUCCCACACACCCUUCCUGGGAAUAAGAAUUUCCCUCUUAGUUUGAGCUCAGGGUCAGAGUUGUCAGGGAGGAUCCUUUUUCUCUGUCUCAUGUUAUACCCUUUUGUAGGUAUACCCGUUUGUCCUCUUUCUAGUCAUUCUAGAUGGCC